AUGUUGGAUAAAAUUUAUUCAUCUAACAUUGGUAAAAUUUACAAUAUAGCGUCUUGCCUACUACUAGUGCUAAUAUGUCUAUUUAAUACGGGGAAGGUUUAUUCUACUGGGAUACACUCGGUGGAAUCCAGUCUUUUCAAAUCCAGAACACGACCUAAUACUAACAGUAAACCUAAUCUUCCGCAAAGGACGCGUAAAAUAGAUAAGCUAAUGCAAGAUGACUACGAACGCGACGCUAAGCUUUACAGUGACAUUUAUAAGAAACAAAUAAUUAACGAAAUUAAAUCAAGUGAAGAUGUACUUAAGAAUGUCUGUAUCAAUAUACUUGAACAUUCGUUUGAGUACUUGGGAGCUUUAAUUUCCCGCACUAUGACCGGUAUGCUCCUCAUAAAUCCCAUCAACAUCGGCUGUAACAAUUUACUUGGCACCAAACUCGAUGACCCAUAUACAUCAAGCCUAUUUGGUAUAGAUCAAGGCUCCUGUCCUAAAACUUAUGGUCAUGAUUACAUUGAAGUUGUAAUCCCUUCACCAAGCCGCAAUAUUACUUUCAACGGCUGGCUUAUCAAGUCAAAAAACCCCGAUGCUAAAUCGGUGUACAUUCUUUUACACGGUUGGUAUGGGAAUAUGCAAUCCUGUCUAGCUUUUUUUAACGCUUUAAGCAAGAAUGGAGAGUUGGAUUCAAGCCACGUAUUAAUAGUUAACUUGAACAAAUCGGAAAUAAGUGAUAACACUUUAUUAACCAAUAUUGGUAUGAGAGGAGCCAUGGAUAUAUACGAUGCCGUAGCAUUCGCAAAAAAGAAUUUGGGCAUCGAAUCUAUUUCAUUAUAUGCCCAAUCUAUAAGCUGUUUAAGUGUGCUUUUGUAUCUAAAAAUGAGGUACAUUUUUGAGAAUGUAAAUGGGAAUUCAAGACUCAUCUCCAAUUGUGGCGGGUUGAGGGGAUUUAAGUACGAUACAUCUAACAAUGUGAAUGUUUCCAAGGUUAUUUUGGAAUCCCCGGUCUCGAAUGUAAAAAAUAUAAUCUCACGUGGUUUGCCGGAUGCCAGUAAGAAGUUUGGCUGGUUUAUGAACCAAUUUGUCUCGCUUAUGGACAAGAGACUUGGAGGGCAUGUGAACAAAAUGCGACUUGGACAUUUGAUAAACUACGCAAGAGACAUUCCCGUUUACAUUAUGCAAGGGGGGAAUGAUUACAUUUCGACCAAAGAGGAUCUAUAUGAGGAGAUUUCUAAACAGGAAUACCCCCAAAUCAAAACCAUUUACCUAUUUAAUUCAGGAAAGCACGGAGAUCUGGCCAAGAGCAAGGAUUAUAACGCCACAGUCACGAAUAUCUUGAAGGGGAGAUCGCUACUUGAGGCAAUCUUCAUGCUCAGAGUGCCUACAGAAAUUGAUAAAAAACAGCUUAUAAAGUAA